AGUUUCGACAGCACCUAUCGAACAAAUCAAAAUUGUCGGCCGUUAGCUCUAUUCGUUGGAUUCAAUCACCAUAGAUCCCUCUGUGUUUGGAGCUGCUCUACUGUAUGACGAGACUAAAGAGUCAUUCGAUUGGUUGUUUAGAACUUUUCUGGAGUGCAUGUAUGGAAAGAGACCAACAUCCAUCUUCACGGACUAGGCUGCUGCAAUUGCUUCUGGUAUUAAAAGCGACAUCAACAACGAUAUAU